GGUACUAACUGGCAAUAUUAAAUAAAGAUGUCACCACGUCUCAAAAUAUCAAAAUAUGUUAUUGAGAGGUUGUCGAAUAUAGACACAAAUGAAACAACAGGAUGCUUAUACGGACUUAUGUACGACGGUACUUUGCUCGUGAUCGGGAUAAGUUUAGAAUUCUUUGAAAAUGAAAAGAAAACGUAUAAUCAAUUGCUUUUAACUCUACCAGCUGAAAUAGAGUUGUGUGGUGUUGUUAAAUUUAGUGAUACAUCUAGUGUUGAGUCUAAACCCAAGGAGAUACUGCAGGAUGUAGACAUUACAGAUAAUCCAUUAUUUAUCAUAAUUGGUAAGGAUAAAGUGAUGAGAGCACAUUUUUUAGUGCAUGAAAAGUUUGAAGAGACACAAUAUGAAGUGCUUGAAUCAGACGACCUAUGGAAACAGUUCCUUCAUGUGAGGUUAAAUACAAUAUUACCUCUCACAUGUGAAGCAACUAUCCCAGGUGUUAAGAAUAUUUUACAAAAUAAAAGAAAGAAGAUUGCUUCAGGUCAGGUAUCCUUUCAAAUUAAUGGCACCUCAGUAUAUUUGUUUGGAGUUGCUUCGGAUGUUGGAGUAACAGGUACUAGUACUGAAGCAAACAUAGGAGACCUUGUUGAUUCAAUGAGUCCAGAACAAUCAUCAAAGAAGAAAAAAUACAACAUUAAUAAUGUGGAGGUUCUGCCAGUCAGCCUAGUUAUGAAAGCGACAAAAGAUAUAUUAUCAGAUAAACUUGUCAAGACUGCUGUUAAAAUGAUGACUACUCAAAGGAAACCUGCCUUCUGUAUAAGUAUGCCACUAAGAAUUGACACAUUGGCUAUGAUUCACCGUAAUACAAAGGUCUCAGAGCUUUACAAUGUACUUGUCGAGGCUGCGUGUCGCUCACUUAAGUUAUUGGAAAGUGUUCUUAUUGAACAGCUGGGGCAAGAAGGUAUAGGUGAUGGUGCUGGUCUGCGACUGCCCGAAACUUAUCAUUAUCUUCCGCCAGAGAUUGGACAUUUCAUUACAAGAGUAAUGCCAAAAGGGAUACCAGAUGAAAGUAUGGAAAAAGAGAGAAACCUCCUGCACGAGCAGUUAGCUCUGCCACAGGACAGACCGAUAUUCCGGAGGGGAAAUGCAUAUAUCUUCCAUAGUUCGAAACUAAUAAAUCCGCACGAAGCUAUACUGCAACAAAUCAAGUCUAAUGUGAAAGUGGCUUUAGUUCGUGGAAGAUAUAUCUAUUACCAUUACAUGCAGGAUAACUUUAAUGAUGAUGGAUGGGGUUGUGCCUAUCGCUCUAUGCAAACUAUAUUCUCUUGGUUUAAGUAUCAAGGAUACAGUUCAAUAGAUGUACCCAGUCAUAAAGAAAUCCAACAGUGCCUUGUUAAAAUAGGUGAUAAACCGUCUACAUUUGUAGGGUCUAAGCAAUGGAUAGGUUCCACAGAAGUUAUGUUCUGUCUGGAUACAUUAAUUGGUGUUCAAUCUAGGAUAUUGUUCGCAAACACAGGCGCAGAGUUACAGAGUUACACGCCGGAAUUAAUGCAUCAUUUUGUACAACACGGAAGCCCAAUAAUGAUUGGUGGUGGUGUUUUAGCUCACACCAUUAUAGGAGUUGAAUACAAUGAAGAGAAAAACGAAACCCGUUAUUUGAUCCUCGAUCCGCAUUAUACGGGAGCUGAUGAUAUCCAAACAGUUAUUGGAAAGGGUUGGUGUGGUUGGAAGGGCGCAGAUUUUUGGAAUAAAACUGCCCAUUACAACCUCUGUCUUCCUCAAACUAAACAAACUGUGUGAAACAAACAUAUCGCUUAUCUAUCUUAACACUCGUUACGAAAUAUGAUGUAAAGGAAAGGGAAGAGGCGUAGUAGAUGUUAUGGAAAAACAAAUGUUAUUAGUGACAGAGAUAGUUUUUUGUACGAACAGGAGCAACAAUUUGUUAAGGCAAAUCUGGCUUUUUAUAAGAAUAGUUCGCUAAAAUGUAUCUUGCUUAUUAAUAUACAAUAAUAUGCAAAAGUUUUGUGAUUGCAUUUAUGACACAACAAUUAAUCACAUGAAUGGCGAUUUUCGAUCUGUGUAUGGAAAGGAAAACAUGAACAAAAUCAAAAAUAUUUAAUACUAUAUAUUAAAAUAAAUUCAUUGCAAAUUGAUCCGUAGAAUAAUUUCAAAAUCGUAUAUUAGACGUAAAUUACAGGAAUAAUAAACAUAAUUCCUUAGCAACGAUACUUUGAUAAGGCAUGUUAUUACGAAUGCAAUAAUUGUGAUAUAAAGAUAGUGUAAGCUUAAAGUAUUAAAGCUCAAUAAUUGUUGAACCUAGUUGAUAUCCGUUCUUAAAAAAUAUAAGUUCGACCAAUUGCGUUGCUAAUAUGACAUUAAAUAAAAUGUUGGUCUUAUGUCCCUCAUUUAUUAUAAAUAGCGGUCAUUAGUGCAUAUUAUUAUGUAUCUCAUUCCAUAAUACUCGGGUACAAUCAGAUAGAUAAUACCCGGUCUUUUGGAUGGCUUAUUAUAUUUUCCAUAGGUAUUCUGGCCAUAUAGUUAACAGCUAGCUUUACGUUCAAAUCACAAAUGAUUAUGUGCGUGUUUUAAGACUGCGAGUUGUGUACGAACACAAAACAAUUAUUGUAAAAUUAUUUUAAUCAAAGCAGGUGCUAUUAUGAGCAUUAUAAGAAAAUCCAGUCUUUCUCAAAUUGGAAGAAUCGUGUUACACGAUGAUUGUAUUCUUCCAACUUCGUUGUAACAUGAUCUCAUAUUUUAAAUCGAACGUUUAUAGCAGAAUUCAUAAUGUAAUAAUAUGUAAUUCGUAAAAUGGUCUGGUUAUAUAUCAAUGCUUUAUAGAUUUUUUACACCAACAAAAAUCCAUCCAUACAUUUAUGUUUAGGUCUAUAUAUUAUGUAUUUGUAAAACUUAAUAUAAAAUAAUUUUGUAUCGUAAUAACACGUGUUACAUGUUUUUUUUUUUGUCUGUUAAUGCAGCAUUGAAAUAAUUAUUAAUUAGCUGAAAUGUUUUAUUACGAUGACUCACUAUCUCAAGGUUAUAAGUUUAAUGGAAUUGUUAUAUUUUGUAUCAAAUAAAUUAUUAUUUGAA